GUAUAAUAUCCAUGGCAAGUAACGUGGUAUUUAUUUUUAAUUUGUGCUAAUUGUGGCUUAAAUUUCAAAAGCAGUUCAAGCUUGGAUAAACGAAACCUUCAUAAUUUCAAUUGAUAGAACGCUGAUUAAAUAAUGAAUUUAGUGAAAACUCGUGAUACUUUGAUACUGUAAAUUUCAGAUUAACACUAGUGGUAGUAACAGUUUACCCAGUUUAGGCUUUACUUGCCUUUAAUCUAAACUAAAGUUUAGAUCUUACUUUUUAUAAACACCAACUUUUUCAAGUAAAUGCUUCUCUUCGGUGAAGUUCAAAAAUAGAAAUAACUAACCAUUCACAGAGUAAGGUGAAGUGACCAAAUGAGUGAGUGAGAGGCAACUAACUCUGCCCUUUUAUCCCUUAUGCCAAGUAGAGAGACUUCUCGAAUGUUCUAGCAAACUGAGCAAGUGAGAGUUUCAUGAUUCCCAGGCAUAGCAGGUCAACAGUUGACACAAUGAGUAUUUUCCUGAAAAGAUGUAUUUUACAUUUUUGCCAUUUAUCAAAGUGUCUCCAGUCCUCAAAAACUGUACCACAUUUCCUGAGACAUUUUUCAAACAGCUGUAUUGUUCAGAGGUUUUACCUGGCACCUCCAGAACUUAAUCUGGAAUACUUGUGUAAUCCUGAGAACAGCAGAGAGAUUGAACAUGGAAUAAAGUGUAGAAAAGGAGCAGGUAAUAUAAGAGAAGUGAUAGCUUUCAAACGGAGACUCGAUGCUACAAAUAAUGAAGAAACCGAACGGGCGCUGCUAGAGGAGAAACUAAUUUCAGAGGCUGCAAAACUUCCUAAUAAAACACAUCCUAAAGUCCUGGAAAACAGCUCCGAUCAACCCGUUGAGGUUGAGACUGUGGGAAGUGCUCCUGUAUUUGAUUUUAAACCAAAGCAGUUCCAUGAACUGGCACUAAAACUCGACAUGUUAAGAAUGGAAAAUCUGGGUUUGGUGACUGGACAUCGAAGUUAUUACUUAAAGAGAGAACUUGCACAACUAGAACAAGCACUGUUGCAUUUCUCAGUUAAGAGACUGAUGUCUAAAGGAUUCACUUUGGUUUCUGUUCCAGAUAUAUUACAUCCAUCAGCAAUAGAAGCAUGUGGCAUGACAACUCAAGGGAAACGAACUCAGGUUUAUCAUCUGGAACCAAAUUUUGGUGGGGACUUGUGUCUUUCUGGAACUGCAGAAAUGGCCUUUGGAGCCUUUUUUGCUAACAAGACACUCUCUUUAAAUGAACUGCCCCAAAAAUUAGCCGCUGUGAGCCGUUGCUUUAGAGCUGAAACAUCUACGGUACAAGAGGAAAAAGGAAUUUUCAGAGUUCAUCAAUUCACCAAAUUGGAAAUGUUUGGAGUGACCGCUAAUGAAACUUCUACAGAAAGUGAGCAGUUGUUGGACGAGUUCACAACCAUCCAAAGAUCACUGUUUCAGGAAAUCGGCCUACAUUUCAAACUUCUUGACAUGCCUGCCAGCGACCUUGGAGCUCCAGCUUACAGGAAGUUUGAUAUCGAAGCUUGGAUGCCUGGUCGUGGUAUAUACGGCGAAAUAUCAAGUGCUUCAAAUUGUACCGAUUAUCAAAGUCGAAGGUUGCAUAUAAAAUAUGAAACUCAGUCACCAGAUGGCAGGAGAGUCUUAAAGCACGUCCACACUGUAAAUGGAACCGCUUGUGCUAUACCACGUAUGUUGAUAGCAAUUCUUGAGAACUUCCAAACCAAAGAUGGAGAUAUAAGGAUACCGGACCCUCUGAUACCACAUAUGAGAGGUCUUGCUGUAAUAAAGAAUCGCAGAACAAAGGAUAAAAUUUACUGGACCAAGUUAAAAUCGAUAAAAUGAACCGCCUUGCUCUCGCGAUUAGAAAAUACGAUUUCGUAAUGUAUCGAUAAACUUUGAUUAUACCCAUGAAAGUGCCUACUUGCGUCUGGUGGUGAAAACGUAAAGCUAUCAUACCUCAGGUGCUUCUUUCACUGUUAGCCAGAACCCUCGCGGAAAGUGUAUUUAUUUCCAUUUUAAUUCCUCUCGUGGGUUUUGAAACGAACGUUAUUUAUUAAACUAGUAUUUAAAAAUAUUAACGCUAUUGUUAUUCAUUUGUUACAUCAACGUUACAAACUUUUCUGGAAGUCGAGAAAUGUCGUCAGUUUUUAUUGUUCAUAUUAACUUAGUGAUUUUUAUAUUAUACAAGCUAUGUGUAGCUGAUAAUAUACUCAAGAGAAGUAAAUUCUGGUAUUCUCUGUGAACACCUGCUUUUCUUGUGACUCAAAGCGACACCUAUAUUUUUAUUUGUGCGUUAUAACUUGAGCAAAAAGUUUAUAUGUGAUGUAAAUAAUUAUUGUUGGUUUAGUCUUAUAUAAACGUUUUUUUUUAUACAGAA